GACAGCUGGUUAAUCCAGUGCGUUUGCUUCGACAUAGCGAUUUGAGAGGUAGCGAAUCGAACACCAUCAUUAAAUAUCUUAACGAAAUCAGUGACCAUCCUAAAACGAGUAUCAACAUGAAAGCAAUAAGCCCGGUUAGGUCUUUCAGAAAAAACAGCGCGAGUAUGACAGAACACAACCUUGGAAUCUCCCGGAGCAAGACCCCUGUGGAUGAUCCUUUAAGCCUGCUCUACAACAUGAACGACUGCUACUCUAAACUGAAGGAACUGGUACCUAGCAUCCCCCAGAACAAGAACGUUAGCAAAAUGGAAAUCCUCCAACAUGUCAUCGAUUACAUUCUGGACCUUCAGAUCGCACUUGACUCCAAUUCCACAAUUACCAGUCUCCAUCACCCGCGACCAGGGCAGGGUACAUCAAGAACACCCUUGACAACUCUCAACACAGACAUCAGCAUCUUGUCACUACAGUCUCCGGAGUUACAGACAGAUUUGAUUACAGACGACGGCAAGAGCCUGUGCCGUUGAUCAGGUGUUUGGUUAACACACAAGACACACAGGACUUGGG